AUGGUUGAUGACGAGAAAGGUAGAAUAAGGCGAGUGUUCACGUACGGCACCCUGAAGCGGGGAUUUUGGAACCACAGCUUAAUGCAGGAGCUGAUGAGAAGCGGAGACGCGGUUUUCUUGGGAAACUACAGAAGCGAAGAAAAGUACCCGCUGGUGUGUGGGCCCUACCGGGUGCCCUUUCUCCUGAACCUGCCAGGCUUGGGUCAGCGGGUUAUGGGCGAGUUGUACGCCGUGUCGAGUCACGGAUUGGCUCGCAUGGAUGAGUUGGAGGGCACGAGUCGCGGACACUACGAGAGGCUCCCCAUAAAGCUAGAGGCUGAGGAGGAGGCGGCGAAUGCUUAUUUUGCGCACAGCAGCUACGCGAUGGAGCUGUGGAUCAAGAAUGGGAGGAUGGGUUUGAGCACUUAUUCCGAGAAAGAGGCGCGGGGAUACGUCAAGCGCCAAGAUAGGCCGCAGCAUCUCACCUUUCUCGACCACAUCCAUCUAUUUCUGUCUUCUUCAUCCUCAUCCUCCUCCUCCUCUUGA